AUGGAUAGUAGUGACAUUCGACGUGCUUUAAGCGAAGUAAGUGACAACGAUGAUCCAGAUGAUCCUGAAAUCGGAAUUGACAGUGAUUUUGAUGCCGAUAUUCUCGACUACAUUGAACCCGACUCUGACCUUUUAGAUUUCUCGAGUGGUAGUGACGAUUUUUACAGCCCUCAUACAAGUGAAUUAGACACUUCAGAAGUAGAAGAUUUCACUGUUGAACAACCGACAAAUGAACCAGGUAGGCCUACCCCAGAACCUCAAAUUGUUACUCGAGAUCCAUGGGUUAGGGUCUACCCUCCCGAACCAGAAAUUGACAUAAGAACUGAGUUUAGAGCAAGGCAAACAGGGCCUAAGGACUUACCUCCCAGAAAUAGUCCUCCACUAGAUUACCUUUCCCUAUUUUUGACCGCUCCUUUUUGGCAAUUGUUAGCCAGAGAAACUAACUCUUAUGCCGAAAGAGUUAUCGCUGCAAAGCGUGAUACCCUGAGCCCAAAAUCACGUUUUAGAAAAUGGACAAAUGUCACUGUUAUCGAAUUGAAAAAAUUCUUUGCAAUUCUAAUAAACAUGGGCCUAACAGUGAAAAAUAAUGUCAGACACUACUGGGACACAAGGAGCUCACAAUGCUGUCCAUUUUAUGGCAAGCAAAUGACAGUGAACCGCUUUGCCCUGAUAAGUUCUUUUUUGCACAUGACCCCAGCUCGAGAUGUUCCUAGAGACAACCCAAACUAUGAUCCGUGGUUGAAAGUGAGAUGGCUCUUAGACCAUGUAAAUUCAAGAUUCAAGAGACACUUUGUUGCUUCGCAAGAUGUUUGUAUAGACGAAAGUCUUAUAGGUAUGAAGAAUCGCUGCGCCUUCAUACAAUACCUACCCAAUAAGAAGCAUAAGCAGUAUGGUAUAAAAAAGUUCGAAGUAUGCGACAGUAAUACAAGCUAUGUAUUACAUAUUGAAAUAUAUAGUGGCAAAGACUACCUACCUGCAGAUCCUGAAAAUUCUGAUGAACUGUUCACUGAACGAGUGGUGAUGGAGAUGAUGACAAAAGGCAACCUAUUGGACAAAGGUCACCAUCUGUACACGGAUAAUUUCUAUACUAAAAUUCCGCUUGCUGAACGUUUGCUCGAACGUAUUACAUUUAUUACUGGUACUAUAAAUAAGAAAUCCAAAUUUUUGUCAAAAACGGUAAAGAAAACUAAACUUGGUGAGAGGGAAACUGUUUACUUUCGCAAGGGGAGAUUGUUAUUGGUCGGCUACAGACAAAAGACAACUCGGAAACCAGUCCUAGUCAUCUCAACCGGUUAUCAUGCUGAAGACGGAAUUGUAAGAAGCAAGAAGGGGUUAGUUGGAAGGAAGCCCUUGCUCAUCCACAAUUACAAUCAAAAUAUGGGUGGAGUGGAUGUGAGUGAUAAGUGUGUGUAUGCCUUAUCAAUAAACCGACAAACCAGCAAAUACUGGAAGAAGAUAUUCUUCAACUUGAUCGAUCUUGCCCUGUUCAAUGCGUAUGUAUUAUAUAAGCUGAACAGUGACAAACCAAAGAGCAGGAGGGAGUUUCAUAUUUCUGUGUUGGAGUCUCUUGCAGAUGCAGGAAAUGAACAAGUUGUGCAGCCUGGACCUGGACCUGGAGGUGACAAUCCCCACCGCCUUGAACACUUACCACGGAAACAAGAACGAAAGUGUGUAUCAUGUGGUAGAGGAAGGUCAAGCUUUUGGUGCCCUGGUUGCAAUGCUGGCAUCCACAGGGAGUGCUUCCACCAACUGCAACAUUAUUGGAGGCCCAAAAGAGGGGUGAAGAGAACUCUGGUUGCAGAUGACCCCGACUCCGACUAA